AUGCCCACGUACGGCUCCUACGGCUCGCCCUCGCUGAACAAGAUGGAAAACGGUUACGGCCACGGCGGGCGCACCUCGUUCUCGCUCGGCCGCAUCUUCGGUGACCCUUUUGCGCUGGCCACCAUCUCCAUUGGCUCUCUCGCCUGGAUCAUUGCCUUCGUGAGCUCCAUAUUAUCGGCCGUCCGUCCGGACCCCAAGGAACGCGUGCCGCCGUUUGCCUGGUGGACGCUGGUGUAUAUGCUGUUUAGCAUUGUGGGCGUUGCGGUGACAGUGGCCUCGGACUCGGAGCGGACCUACCACGUCGCGAUUGUCGGUUUCACGGCCGCUGGCAUCGUCCUCUCCUCGUCUGCCGUGAAUGCCCUCGUAUACUCGCCCGUGGCCGCCAACGAGGCUGCCGCAGCGGGUUUCAUCCUGCUCUCCAUGAUCGCGAUCGUAUGGGUCUUCUACUACGGCUCGCAACCGCAAGCCAGCCACCGCACCUUUGUCGACUCUUACGCCCUCCACAAAGAGCACCCCGCCUCGCGCUCCUCCCGCCAAAUGUCCAACAACUACGGCGCACCCCAGCAAUCCUCGCUUGCCCCGAACCAGCCCCAACUCUAUACCUCCGCGCAGCUCAACGGCUUCGAAACCUCCUCCCCCGUAUCCGGCUACCCCGGCGGCCCUGUCGGCGCCGACGCCCGCGGCUCGUCAAUCCCACGCUUCGGCGGAGGCAUGGGCCAGACGCCGACCAACGACGUCGAUCAGCCGCAACAAGAGCAGAGCGUCGAGUACCCCUACCGCGCGAAGGCCAUCUACAGUUACGAGGCGAAUCCCGACGACGCGAACGAGAUUUCCUUCCAGAAGCAUGACAUCCUCGAAGUCUCGGACGUUAGCGGGCGGUGGUGGCAGGCGAAGAAGCCCAAUGGCGAGACGGGGAUUGCGCCUAGCAAUUACCUCAUUCUGCUGUAG